AUGGUAUCGUGGUGUGUGGGCCACGCGGGCGGUCUGUAUUAGCGACACCCGUCGUAUCGAUCGCAUGUAAUCCAUCAAUAGGCUUGAACCAAAUCUAGUUCUUUAAAAUAAUCAUUAAAAUCGCAGGUUAAUUAUACCCAAGUUUAAUGAAAUUAAUUGUGAAAGCAUAAGAGUAGCAAUAAAAUUUUAUAAGUACUAAAGAAGACCUUAUUUAUCUAAUUAUACAAAGACCAACAGGCAAAAGCUAGUUUACAAAUUCAGCCUAAUUUGUGGAAAUACGUCGAUGAGAAUUUAGUAGUGAAGGUAGCAAGGAAUGAUCUAAAGGUUUUUUAAGAAUUUGUAAUAUUAUUCGAUGUGACUUCGCAAGUGAUAAGACUGAUGGGUAUUGAUAAGUAAGGAACGAUUAAGUGUAUGUUUAAUGCUGAGAAAUCUAUAUUUAAUGGGCUACCGCGUAAGUAGUUCGAAAUGCCUUACUAUUUGCUUAGGUCUAACGUUUUUGAUGGGAUGUUUCAUCGCUACGCUACCAAUCCCUCCUCCAGAGUCACAGAACCUCCGCAUUUCUGCAAAAACAUUGGAUAAGAAGAAGCUGGCUAUAAUAGUUCCUUUUAGAGACAGAUUUGAAGAAUUACUAGAAUUUGUACCACACAUGUACAAGUUCUUAAAGAAACAAAAUAUAAUCUUUGAUAUUUUUGUUAUACAGCAAAAAGACAGUAAUCGUUUCAAUAGAGCUUCACUUAUAAAUGUUGGUUAUAUUUUCACAAACAAAAAUUAUGAUUAUAUAGCAAUGCAUGAUGUCGAUUUACUGCCAAUUAAUGAUAAUUUAAAGUAUGAUUACCCAGGAUUGGGACCUUUACAUAUUUCAUCCCCUGAAACACAUCCAAAAUAUCAUUAUGCUACUUUCAUUGGUGGAAUACUGUUAGUAUCACGGGAUCAAUUUGAGCUAGUCAAGGGAAUGUCUAAUAAUUACUGGGGAUGGGGCCUGGAAGAUGAUGAAUUUUAUGUGAGAUUAAAAGAUGCAGGUUUGAAAGUUUUCCGACCAAAGAACAUCACUACAGGAACUGAGAACACAUUUAAGCAUAUCCAUGACAAAACAUACCGAAAACGGGACAUGAGAAAAUGCUUCAAUCAACGUGAGGUGACAAGACAUCGAGAUAGGGUGACGGGUAUUCAUGAUGUUGCUUAUACUAUUCACAGCACCCAUAGUGUAGCAAUAGAUGACCUUCCUAUUACUGUUGUUAAUGUGGAGCUAUUGUGCAAUAAGUCUGUUACACCAUGGUGUAAAUGCCCUGAACCAGCAAAGGUUAAGAAUACUAAAUAAAAGUGAUUUAAAUAAUGUACAUUUAUCAAGUGCUUAUAUGGCUUCAGCAAAAACAUGAUUACAUUUUUUUGAGAAUACAGACAUUGAAUGUCUGUUUGAGAAUCUACACUCAAUGCAUGAUAAUAUUUGGAGUUGGAUAAAAACUAUUAAAAUUGCCCAAAGUAUGUAAUACUCAAACUUUUACCUACCAAAGACUAGCUAAAUUUUUUAAAACAUGAAAAACAGAAACGGGCAAAAGACAAUAUUUUCCCAAAUCUUAGGUAUGAAAUAAUUUUCAUUAAUUUAAGAUGAGAUCCUUGACAUUUUAAGAUUGCAUUUUUAAUGUGUUUUAAAACCAGGGUAUUCUGUAAUUAUAUUUCCUAGUCUUAUCUUUACUGUACUGAUAAACAUAGCAAUAUACAUCUUU